AUGGCGGCCAUCGAGAAGGUCCGCAGAUGGGAGAAGAAAUGGGUGACAGUUGGGGACACCUCUCUGCGGAUUUUUAAGUGGGUUCCUGUUAUUGAUGGAAGAGAUGUACGUAUGGUAAAGGCAUUAAAAGAGAAGGUGAAAGGAAGCACAACUCUGGGCAGCUCUUCCACUGCCAACUCCUCUCUCCUGCUGGAAUUUCAGGAUGAGACCAGUAACCAAAGUUCCUUUUCUGAUGUAUACCAGCCAAAGGUAGAAAGCAGCAACUCCAGCCCAAGUCCCCCACAUAGUGAGUCUCCCAGUCCAGUGCACACAUCUGAUUCUCAGCCCCCAACCCUGGGACAGGAGAGCUUGGCUGGUAAGAAUAUGUGA